GCGGCUGUGGUCUGUCCUUUCUGUUUCCCCGCUGCUUUAUGUCGUCUUUCCACCAGCUCAUCGAAAGGCUACCUCGUUUGCGUUGACUCUAAAUGAGAAGCCUUUCCACCCAAGUCAUCUUAACGAUCUGAAACGCAGCAAACACACACACCGCCAGAGACGCAUGAGAGAGACUAAGAUCAUGGUUCAGCUGUCACCAUCUCGGACUAUAGAGACAUUAACUCCGUCAGAGCUGACCGUGGAGAAGGAAGAUGACCAGGGCAGCCCUAAAUCCGAGUCCCCUCGAGUGCUUACAGCCCUCCAGCUCACCUUUAACCCCACCACCACGACCACCUAUUACGGUUAUGACCAAUACAUUGAGGACAGCCUCAUCUGCCUCAAGCACAAGAUCCGCAACAUUGAGAAAAAGAAGCUGAAACUGGAGAGCUACAGUGAGAGGAUGAAGAAGGGGGACAAACUAAAUCCAGACCAACUGGAAGCUGUGGGGAAGUAUGAUGAGGUGAUCCACAAUCUUACAUUUGCCAAAGAGCUCCAGAAGACCAUUGGUGCCCUCACACAAGAUUUAUUAAAGGCUCAGCGAAAAGCUGCUCGACAAGAGAAGUUGAUGAGGAUUGAAGAAGAGCGGAAACGUCUGAGCUUGAUACUCCAGGUGCAGUACGUCCUCCACAGUCUGCAGAGAGAGGACGUCCGGAGGAACUUCUGCAACGCAAGACAACAUUCCUGUUACCUGUCCACACAGGACAUUGAGAGCUUGCUGGAUCUGGCCUCAUUAUUGGGAUGCAAAAGAAACCAUAGGAUGAGUUUAGAGGAUCAGAUGGAACAGGCUGCUAUUGUUUACGGGGAGCUUCUGGAAGGGAACGAAAGCCCAGUUGCUGGCUCAACAUAUAAGCACAUGAAGGAAAAGCUACUUCGGCUAGUGGACUGUGGCUUUUUUGAUCACAUACCACUUCCUAAAGUUGACUGUCAAGAGAAGACUGAGACCGUAAAGGCGGACCCUCAAUCUAGGCCUUGUGGCCUGUCCACACUGGUGAAGCUGAGCUCAAAAGAAGUGCCUUCCAAAGAGUUUCUUAACAGACGAUACCUGCCUGAAACAGAUGUCACUGAGUGCAGACAGGAUGAGAACGCCUCGCCCCGUACUUGGAAGGAGGAGUUUUUAGCCAUGAAGGAAAGGGAGCCACCAGACUCAUGGGAAAUGGAGUUUUCUGAUCCUCCUGCAUCCUCUCAGUCCCCCAUACAGAAGCCAUGGAAAGGAGCGGCAGGAUUGAUUCCGAAGACUGCGGACAUUGCGAAGAGACCUACGGUUGACCCAAAAGAGAAAUGUCAAAGAAAGAGCAAGGGGGAGCAGGACUCUAAACCGACGCCUGUCGCAGUGGAAGUCUUUAGCUCUCCGUCUCCAUUACCUAAAGACCCUGUUCAGCGCAAACAGCAGUUGGAGUCUCUGAUGGACCAGAUCUCAGGAUCCUUCAGCUUCAUGCAGGAGUCUCUUCUGGAUGGAGCAACAUCACCCGUAAACGUUCAAACAAAGAGAUGCCGUCCAUCUCCAGGCUCGUCUACUCCUCUUGCACAGAGGAACUUAACAAAAAGCCCAUCAGAUAUUCUGCCUCCAUCCCAGCAGAGCACUCCAUUACGGAUUCUGCUGUCUGGAGAGGCUAAAGGCAGUCUGUCGAAUGGAGAUCGCUCUAUAAACUCCUCGGAUGAAGAGAAGCCACAUAAACAAGGUGAGGGCUUCACCUCUCCUCCACUGUACCGCAGGGGAUCUUCCAUCUCAGUCCCAUUAGAAAACCAGAGCACUGUACAGGCAGGAAAGCAAAUCUUAUGCAAUGGAGUAUCAACCACUGUGUCUGCACAGACGUUUUCCACCCCACCUAGUCAUAGAUCCAUCAGCGCAGAAAACGCCUUCCACAACAUUCACUCUGUGUUUAAUAUGGCAUCUUUGCCCAUCGGUGAAAGCUCAGCCAUGAAGUCAGAUGAAAGCGGUUUCUCUGAGUCCAUGCAUCAGAGUUACACAUCAGCCAAAACUCUGAAUUGCUCCAGCACCCAGACGCCUCCUGAGCUCAACCUACCCGAAGAUGACCAACAGAUUGAAGGCCAGUACCAGCUGGAGUGUCCGGUCAGUGCAGGUGGACACGCGUUUUCAGGCACUCAGCCACAGUCUCGUCUGGGUCAGUCGUGCUUCCCCCGCGGUACAGCGAGAGGUGGUUAUGAGGCAUACAGAGUGAAUAUGCGUUCCCCAGGAGGAGGCUUCAUAUCCCAGACCCACACACCACACAGAGACCCUGGAUCUGCCCUCUAUGUGUCCAGAGAAAACGGGUAUCACCAGAACUUCAAACGAGGUGGAGGCACAGCAACUCAAAGGAGCAAUGCGGGUUGGAGUGACUCCUCUCAGGUGAGCAGCCCGGACCGGGAGGGUGCGUAUCCCCUCGACUCAGGAAUCAGUGACACACACUCCAUCCAGUCAAUGGAAGUGCCCAUCACGCCCCAGGGCCAGCACACUCUGAUGCCCGUACACUUGUACCCGGUCACCCAACUCCGCGUGGCCUUCUCUGCAGCCCGCACGGCGAACUUCGCCCCCGGCACUCUGGAUCAGCCGAUCUCCUUUGACCUGCUGCACACCAACCUUGGGGAAAUGUUUGACACGACCACCGGGCGCUUCACCUGUCCUGCUGCUGGUGCUUACGUCUUCAUCUUCCACAUCCUGAAGCUAGCCAUCAGCGUACCCUUGUACAUCAACCUCAUGCGCAACGAAGAGGUGAUGGUGUCUGCUUAUGCCAACGAUGGUGCUCCUGACCAUGAGACCGGCAGCAAUCACGCUAUCCUCCAGCUGUUCCAGGGCGACCAAGUGUGGCUGCGACUGCACCGUGGCGCCAUCUAUGGCAGUAGCUGGAAGUACAGCACCUUUUCUGGUUUCCUGUUGUACCAGGACUGAACAUCUAUUUCUAAAUGGGCACAAAAUGGGAGAAUGGGGCAUUUUGGAUGGUUUUUUGAAAGUUACUCUGCACUUUAUUCCGCUUUCGGUUAAGCAUGGUGCAAUUGCAUGUUGGAAAGAUCAUGUUCAAUAGUAUAGUCCGUGUUAAAGCUAAUGUUAGAUGUUUGCUGGUGAAAGUUUACGAAGUUUUUUUUUUUUUUUUACUUAAAAUUAUUUCCUUUUUCAGUUUUGAGAGUAUUUACUGUGUACUUGGAUACUCCUAACCCAAAGUAGCUGCAUUUAGUUUGCACUAAAUUGAAAUCCCAACAUCCAGAAGCAUCUUCUGGUGUUUGGUUAAUGGCCCUGUUGCUCAUCUGCUAAUUUUAGAUGAGAGGGAGAGAGGUUUUCCAGCCAUAUGGGAGUUUGCAAAAUGGUGCCUUUUUUUUUUGUGGGGUUGCUGAACACAUGCAUCGCUUGGCAAGAAUGGAAGAUUUAUUUUCUGGUAAUACUUGACAUGUUAAGCACUUUAAAAAAAGGGACUCAGUGGCCUUCUUGGGGUUUUGGGGUGUAUGAGUGUUAAUCUGUGUGUUUGUCUGUGAAAUAUACUGUGAGUGGUGAUCUCUUGAAGAGAAGGCGUUUAGGCCUAAAUUGCUCUCUCUCUCUUGUGCCUGAAAUAAAAAAUGUGCAGUUAACGUC